AGGCAACAUGGACCUCACUCUUCUGUGGGUGUUUCUGCCACUGGUCACGGUGACCUGGGGCCAGUAUGGUGACUAUGGUUACCCGUACCAGCAGUACCACGAUUACAGUGAUGACGCCUGGGUGAAUCUGAACCGGCAGGGCUUCAGCUACCAGUGUCCGCAUGGGCAGGUGAUAGUGGCUGUGAGGAGCAUCUUCAGCAAGAAAGAAGGUUCUGACAGACAAUGGAACUAUGCCUGCAUGCCCACACCCCAGAGCCUUGGGGAGCCUUCAGAGUGCUGGUGGGAGGAGAUCAACAGGGCUGGAAUGGAAUGGUACCAGACUUGUUCCAACAAUGGCCUGGUGGCUGGGUUCCAGAGCCGCUACUUCGAGCCAGUGCUGGAUCGGGAGUGGCAAUUUUACUGCUGUCGCUACAGCAAGAGAUGUCCAUAUUCCUGCUGGCUGACCACUGAGUAUCCAGGUCACUAUGGUGAGGACAUGGACAUGAUUUCCUACAGUUAUGAUUACUAUAUCCGAGGAGCAACAACUACUUUCUCUGCAGUGGAAAGAGAUCGCCAGUGGAAGUUCAUCAUGUGCCGGAUGACCGACUAUGACUGUGAAUUUGCUAGUGUUUAGACACGCCACAUACCAAACCUAGGUGAAGAAAAACAGAACAGGGGCCUGUGAGGGUGCCCACAUAUGUUCACACCAGCUGGAUUUUCUAUAGAUUUUAGUUCUCUCUUUUCUUCUUCUUCUUGAGCAAUGCCAACAUGCUAGGCCUUUCUGACUGUACCUCACCUGUAAUAAAAAGCACUAUUAAACCAUGUU